AUGCCAAAGAGGAAGGUUAGCGAGGAUGGAGCUGCGAAGGCGGAGCCCAAGCGAUGCUCCUCAAGGUUGUUGGCCAAGCCCGCCCCUGUCAAGGCAGAGGAGAAGCCGAAGAAGGCCACGGCAAAGGAUAAAUCAUCAGACAAAAAAGUGCAAACAAAAGGGAAAAGGGGAGCAAAGGGCAAACAGGCUGAGGUGGCUGACCAGCAGACCACAGACGUGCCUGCAGAAAACGGAGAGGCUGAGAACCAGAGUCCAGCCUCUGAAGUAGAAGAG